UCUCCUUCAUCCCAACGACCAGCAUACACCUCAUUUCACUCACAAUGCCCUCCUCCCUCGACUUCCUCAAGGCAUCGGGCACAACAGUCGUGUCUGACUCGGGCGACUUUGAGUCUAUCGGCGCAUACAAGCCUCAGGAUGCCACUACCAACCCUUCACUCAUCCUCGCCGCUGCUGGUAAGAAGGAGUACGCCCACAUCAUCGAUGCUGCCGUUAAGUACGGCAAGCAGAAGGGUGGGAACAUCGAUCACCAGGCAGCUGUUGCCAUGGACCGUCUCCUGAUCGGGUUCGGCUCCGAGAUCCUCAAGAUCAUCCCCGGCCGUGUCUCUACCGAGGUCGACGCCCGCCUGUCCUUCGACACCGAGGGCACCAAGGCCAAGGCGCGCGAACUCAUCGCACUGUACGAGUCGGUCGGCAUCAAGCGCGAGCGUGUGCUCAUCAAGAUCGCAUCUACUUGGGAGGGUAUCCAGGCUGCCCACCAGCUCGAGAAGGAGGGCAUCCACUGCAACCUUACCCUCCUCUUCGGCUUUGCGCAAGCUGUUGCCUGCGCUGAGGCUGGUGUUACCCUGAUCUCGCCAUUUGUUGGUCGUAUUCUCGACUGGUACAAGGCCCACAAGCCUGGCCCGAACUACGACGGUGACAACGACCCUGGUGUGCAAUCCGUCAAGCGUAUCUUCAACUAUUACAAGCAGCACGGUUACAAGACGAUCGUCAUGGGUGCUUCUUUCCGCAACAUCAAGGAGAUCGAGUGCCUCGCUGGUGUUGACUUCCUGACGAUCGCACCCAAGCUGCUCGAGGAGCUGAAGCACAAGUCAGAGCCGGUACCCGCGCACUUGUCCGUCAAGGAGGCUCUCGCUAGCCAGAAGAUCCCCAAGGUGACCUACCUGCACAACGAGCCCGAGUUCCGCUGGGAGCUGCUGGCGGAUAAGAUGGCGUUUGACAAGCUUCACGAGGGUAUCGCCAAGUUCGCUGAGGACGGACAGACCUUGAAGAACAUGCUCAAGGAGCGUCUGCACAAGGCGUGAAGAGGAUACCUCCUGUCCUUGCCCUAGCUAGCGUCUCACCGACGCGCGUAUGACAUAUUUUAGCUAACUAGAUCGAUGUACUGAAGUGAAAAGCCAAACUGAAGACAAAAUCAAAUGUAACGGGAAUGCAUUAUGCGGAUUUCAUCAUGGUCAUUGUUGGAAAUGAAACAUUCAUUGUAGCAUUGUAAAAUGGAUGAAACAUUGUGAAGUUGAAUCAUGAUUUUAUGUCGUUGGAGUGGGGUGCAUAGUGGUACAUGCUGGACUAUGUGAAAAUGGAGCUGUGACAAGAAAGGAAAUAAGAAAGAGAAGAGCUGGUAUUGUUACUGCAGAAUAAAGGACAUUGCAAGCAGAGAAAAGAAGGUACUGUACACCGAGGUUGCGCGUAGUUUUCCCUAUAUGUUGGUUGUUGCUACAGAUUACCCGAGGGGGAAGGAGAUGAACACUCAACGACCAAUGUGUUGAAAGAGACGUCGACUACGGGUCAGCGAACGGGUCCUCCCCACCCGAAGGAAGGCGGAUGACGACCGUCGUUGGCCCUGAACGGCGGAGAGCUAUCGUCUGCGCCCGACUGACAAGGACGGACUUGUACAGCGGAGGCUCGGUCCGUCGUUCGCGGCCUUUCUGAUGACGGGAGUGUAAUUCCGCUCUAUGAAGGCGUUCAUUUUCGAGUUCAAGCGCAGGGAUCAAGCUGAUCAGCCCCAUCGUCGCUUCCUGAAACCGGGCCCAAGUUGUAGGAUGCGACCAAAUCUCGCUCGCCCCGUCCAUAAACUCGGACAUGGCAUAGGGCAGCAUGGACUGGAGGCGGGCGGAGAUGUCGUUCCGCGUGUGAGGGGGCAUGUCGCGCCACCGGCGGGCGACGUCUGAUUCUUCGUCGUGUAACACUCCGUGGAUAUAGGUCAUCAUAUACUGCGACUGGGAGGGUAAAGGAGGCGGAGAGACGGACUGCUUGAUCAUGGGCCGAGCAGACAGCCUAGGAGUUUGAGGUGAUAAUAUCGGACCACCCAUGCUAAUUACGUAUGCGUAUUACUGUCCAAAGAAUGUAGAUCGCCG